AUCACAUAUGACAGUUGAACUGUCAAGCACACAUGUCGGAGCGAGCUUAGCUCGUAAAAACAACACGAUAAGAGGUGUGAAUGGAAAAACAAAACUAAAAACAUAGCCAAUUCGUUCCCAGGAGAGCGUACCAAGAGUGAGCGCAGAGAGAGAGAGAAAGAGAAAAAGAGCGAAACGUCGCUUCCAGUAUAAAGCUUAUCCAAUCGUCAAAAUUGGCAUUGUCGAUUUGCUACGGGCCGUGCAGUAGCAAAUGCAAAGAUGUUCGCAUAAAAUUUUAAUAUUUCAUCAGAUUCUUAGCAUAAUCAACACGAAAUUUUUUUCAUUCCAAAAUGUCAUCGUACGCCCAAAUCCAACGACGAUGUGGAUUUGCAAUAGCAUUUGAUUAAAGUGAUUCUUUUUUUUUAUUUCGAUUGAGUGAAAUUUUUGUUAAUUUCCCAAGUGUAUUUUUGUUCUGGUUAGCCUAAUCGUAGAGUAGCUGCGACCACGAAAACUAGGCAUAGAAUUAAAAAAAAAAACAACAUCAACCAUACAUUUCAUUUCGACAAGCGUUUCAAAGUGAUUGACGUAACAUGAUAUUAACACUUUUCUAUGCUGGUGCGACAUUGAUGCAAUCGUGGCGCUUGAGAUCGAUUACAACGGGUAUUGCGAGUCAAAUUCGUGACCAUUGCUCCAUAUCGUUCUAUCGAACAUGCACCGAAGGUGAUGACGGUUUUACUUCAAUUGGCGCUUCAUCAGAGGCAUGUGAUAAUUAUAGAAAUGGUCGUGUGGUGGACACAUUAUGGUAUCAUAAUAUGUUGCGCGGCGUUUCAAUUCUACCGAUACAAAAUUUAGCGCUUGACAAAUGGGUGACCUUUAAUAACCUACCAUCGAACCUAAAUCCUUUAUACACUACCAUUGGCGUAGAUUUAGACGCACACAAUGAUCAAAGUAUCGUUCAUAUACUUUUGGAAACAAAUAUUUACCCCGAUAUGACAGCCAUUGAAAAAGGAGAGAACAUCGUAUCUGCGGAGAAAUUCGGAUUGCCCAUCGCAUGGAAAAUCGAUACAAAUCUAGCAAUCGUAUUGAAAUCCAACGUUACCUUAUUCACCGAACUGAUUAGAGAUUCAUUCAUUCAAAAUACAUUGUUCAUCAACAAUUACCUACCGAUCAUACGCAUUGAGAAUGUGUCCGUGAAUGGAAUGCCUCUACAAUUGCUCGACCUGGAACCGUCACCGAUUCACACCAAACAAAAUCAUGCUGUCGCCGCAUCAUCAUCUUCAUUGACUGAAACCGAGUGCCGUCAUCACAUAGAUAAACUGAAAAUACUGAAUUUAGUAGCUAAUUUACGUAGUGAACCGAGCCCUGAUGAUUAUGAAAAAGACAUUUGUAUGGUAAUUGGCGAUAACAAACCGAUGAAUGGAAAUUGUGUACCAGAAAUACUCGAGAAGAAAGCAGAAGACACGAAAUUGAACAAUGGUGUGGCAGAGUGGAUACAGAGUGUUGAGCAUGACACGAGUGAAUUGGAUGCAAUAGCACGUAUUUCGCCAAGUCUAUCGUCGGCAAAAACCGAAGGUUCGCCCAAAGUUUGCAACGGCGCUGUUCUCCGAGAUACUGAUACGAUGGGCUCGAGUAAACGAUCACAAGAUUUGCUCAGUGUUAGCAUGCAAUCCACCGAAAAAUCCGAUGGCUCUGCGGAAAGGGAUGAAAGUGGUGACGUUUUCAUUGACAGCACCAAAGAGUCAACUGUAAAACUGAACGAAAAUAUUAAACACGAUACUGGAUGCAGUGAAGAUCUUGAGAGGAAAACCAUAAAGACAUCCGCUUCAUCAAUGGGAUCGUCCGAGUGUCACUCGUCACAAUAUUCAACUUUGAAACGAAAGAAAAGGCAUUCCGACGGUAGCAAGCCACCAAAUGUUUUGGUUUAUUCCGAAAGCAAUGAUAUUCGUGCAAAUGUGAUUUCAACCAUUAAAAACAUUCUACAUCCCGACCGGUAUACCAUAUACGAGCUGAAAGCUGAACAAUUGAAAACGUCCAUCUGGAUUGAUAACACCACUCUGCUGAUUGUGUGCGGCUCAAUCUCACCUCAUUUUGGAUCCAUUUUGAUGGAGUACUUUUUAUGUGGUGGCAAAAUGUUGUGCUUAUGCUCUGACGUACUGAAUAUGGUGCUACCGAUUUACCGAACAGCUGAAGUACGCGAGAGUGAAUUGGUUCAGUUUUCAUAUGGACGCUGGCAGAAGAUUCAAUUGAUGCACCACAUUUUUUGCUAUCACCCAUCACCGAUCAAGAAGCAUUUCUCACUCGAAAACGAUGAACAAUUUGAUGGACAACCAAAACCACCAUUAACCUGCCCCGGAUCGAUUGACUUGAAAGAUCUUCAUGGAGAUGUGCAUCGGCUAAAAGUCAAAGUGCUUGGCACUGAAGAAACAUGGAAUACUCCUAGCCUCAUUCUGGCCACUGAUAGCAAUUACAAUGGAGUUGCUGUAUUUUCACAGGUCCACCUUGAAGCUGAUCCAAAUCUGUAUGAGCAUGACGAUUCGAAAUUUGCAGCACUUCGAAAGAGUGAUAAAGCCCGCUUGGAGAUCUUUUCCGAUUUGUUGAGUACACAGCUUGGAUUGAUCGUACAAAAUCGUGAUUAUCUCGCUACGAAUAUGUUUCCGAAUGCGUAUUUUCUUGGCCGGCACGAGGCAAAAUUCGAACUUCUCGACAAACUUCGACCGCAAUUCAUCCACCCAAACACACUAAAAACGAGUUCAUUAAUCGUUAAAUUCUACGGUAAAAAUGAAGUGCCCAAGGCAAAGCUCGAAAAUACACUCCCAAUUCUACUGCAUUCUUGUCCCGAUGAUUUUUCCACAAUUCUAUAUUUCGACACGCUAAAAACAAAUGAGAUAGGCCGGCUGACAAUCUACGCACCCGUUAUCAAUAGCACGAUGACAUUAGUGUCAAAUUUAAAUAUGCGACAUGGGCUCGCUGUUAUCGGUCGCAAGCAAACGGCUGGUGUUGGUCGUAAUAAAAAUCAGUGGUUGAGUCCGGAUGGUUGUGCAUUAUUCUCGCUCCAGCUUCACAUUCCAUUAUCAAGUAUAUUGGGUAAAAAAAUACCAUUAUUACAGCACUUGGUAUCGGUAGCCAUUGUCAAUUCGAUUAUUACGAAGCAUGACGAAUACAAGAAACUUGAUAUUCGAUUAAAAUGGCCAAAUGAUAUUUAUGUGAAUGGAAAUACGAAAAUCGGUGGACUUUUCGUUGCCACCGAAUUGAGCGAUAGCUUGGCAAUUUGCAAUGUUGGCGUUGGCUUAAAUUUGAGCAAUAGCAUUCCGACGACAUGCGUCAAUGAUUUAAUCAAAACCUACAACUUGAAAAAUAACACUGAAUUACCGUACCUGGAAUAUGAGUGUUUCUUUGCGUCUGUGUUUAAUGAAAUUGAAGAGCUGAUUGAUAUUGUGCAAGCCGGUGAUUUGGAUCACCUAUACGAUAUGUACUACAAGUAUUGGUUGCACAGUGAUGCUGAAAUUGUGAUUAUUGACGCCGCGGGAAAAAAAAAAUUGGCAACCAUCUUCGGAAUUGAUGACUUUGGAUACUUGUUGGUGAAACAACCAGAUAAAGAACCGGAGAGUGUACAUCCCGACGGAAACACAUUCGACAUACUGCGAGGGCUUAUAUCGGCCAAACAUUACUAGUUUCUAGCUAUACGACAGCACUCGCUUGUCUCUCAUUUUUUUUCUUUGAAUUGUAUAGUCGCUAAAUUAUUCUUAUCGAAACGAUUGGGAUAUUUAAUGAGAUAUUUCAAUUGGGGCUAAAUGGAACGAAAUAUUCAUCUAAUUUGAAAACGUAUUUUGAUCACGCGCAAAUUCUUGUCUUCUCAAUGUCGUGAUUCACAUAAAUCGUUUUUUUUUUUAAAUAAGUAAUAUAAAAUAUAUGGGAUCUUCAAUCGAGUGGGAGAAUUUCGAAAUUAUUUAUCAAUUUUUUGGCAAUCACAUCUUUAACCAAACGCACAAUAGCGUUUUUAUAAAACCUUUUCCAACAUUUUUUCUCUCGACAUUCAACUCAUUCGUUUUUUUAUUUUUUUGGUGUUGAUUUUUUGAUAAAAACGAAUUUGCUUUUAAUUUGAAUUUUAACUCGACGUUUAACAUUUAAAUGUAUAUUGAGUGUUAGGAAUAGAAGAUUUUUUUAAUAGAUCAUAAGGGCAUGGAAAUAGUGUUGAUCGAAUAUACAAAGUGGAAAAAAAAAGACAAUUUUACCAAAGACGCAACACAAAUGUUGGAACAAAUUGCUAACCAAGUUGGACAUUUUGUUAAAUUAUUUUAGAGUAUAUAAAUAUUGAUUGAUUGAAUAAAAGCCAUUAUUUCAA